UGUCAUUUGAUGAUUUGACAGAUUAUUUAAUAAUUUAAGGUUAUGUUUAAGAAUAACAACACAAAAUAACCAGAAGAAUUGAAUUGAAUUGAAUUAAAACCAUUUGUUUGUUAAAUAAUUAUAAUAAAAUAGUUAUAAUAAAGAAAUUGAAACUUUAAAGAUGAAUAUUUUAAGGAAAGGAUUAUCGCUUCUUUCUGUCGGAGUCAAAACUCAGUGUUCAUCAUUCCAAGCAAUCACAAAUGUCCAGUCACUCCGUCAAACUGCGCCGCUAACAAACUUCCUGGCUGCUCCAUCUCUACAAACAUCGGGUCUCAUCUCACGAGCGAUGGCGUCACUGGCGCAGAUGCACAAAACUGGUCCACACAUCAAAAAACGGAAAUCAAGAAAUCCUCUUAAUGGACACCCAUUUGCAAAAGGGGUAGUGUUAAAAACUCUGAUCAAGAAACCAAAGAAGCCGAACUCCGCCAACCGCAAGUGCGUGCUGGUGCGGCUCUCCAACGGGCGCGAGAUGGUGGCCUACAUCCCCGGCAUCGGACACAACUUGCAGGAACACAACAUUGUGCUCGUCAGAGUUGGAAGAGUACAAGACUGUCCGGGCGUGAAGCUGAAGUGCGUGCGCGGGAAAUACGAUCUGCCUCACGUCAUCAAACAGAAAGUCUAGUUUAUAUUUACUCGUAUGUUCUUUAGUUUAUUUUAGUCAAAAAUAUACUUAGUAUUAAAUAA